UCACUCUCAAAUCCGUUGGUGAUAAGCGCGUGCCUUAAUGGUAGGGAUUUCUGGGUAUUUUGCCCACGAGUUCCACCGCUAAGUCACUCAGUACACAGUCUUGCGGCUUUAGCCAUCAGCAACUCUUCGGCUGAACCAUUCGUAUAGUGCGCGCUAAGACACAUCGCAACUCGUGGUGCGUUUAAUGUGCCAAACGGCCGGCAAAAACUCGCAGUGAAUUCCGCAUGCGAUGAGGCAACGGCUUUUCUGAGAUGGAUUCGUUGCUCAGCUACUCGGAGCUGCAGGAGCGGCUGCAGACUCAGGUGAACUUUACCGAUAGCAACAAUAACGACGAGUUUGAUGGACAUGCGUUGCUGAAGGAGGACAAGUACUCGCUAAGGCCACGUUCGGCUCGCAGGAUAACCGAGAAGUCGAACGUCCAGCAGGAGGCUCAAAAGAGUGGCGGCGGUUCCCGACCAGGUCAGGGCAAGGGCAAGCCCAAGUCGGCCCCUCUGAGUAAAUAUCGCAGGAAAACCGCAAACGCGCGCGAGCGGAACCGGAUGCGGGAGAUCAAUCAGGCCUUUGAGACUUUGCGGCGCGUGAUUCCGCACAUGCAGGCUCCUGCCACCGGUUCCAAUGAGAAACUCACCAAAAUCACCACCUUGCGCUUAGCCAUGAAGUAUAUCAGUGCGCUGAGCACAGCGCUCAGCAACCCCAUGGACAGUAUUGCAAUGGAGAUGAUCCAGCAGGACUACGCGGAUCUGGAUUGCUUCCUGCUGGAGUCCGACGGAGAGUCGCUCUCUCUGUCCGAUCACUCGGGCUCGCUUUUGGCUUCGCCAGACUUUCCAGAUUCUUCGCUAUCGCCCGUGGACUUUGGGGAUGCUUCUUUGCCCUCCCUCUUGCACACAGACCUUGAAGGGACGGACCUUAGUGAGUUCCUGCUUGCGUAGCAUCAGGAUUCAGUUCCAGUUUCAGUAUUUUUGAGGCAGGUUUGAACCGUGUGGAAAAUGGGGAGAUUUGGAACGCGAUGGGAAAAACUUUAGUUUUUUGAAACUUUGUCCAUUUUCUAGAUCUACAUCAGUUUCCAAAUCUUGUGAUGUAUUUGAUCUAUUCAAAAACUAGGGUUUUAGAGUCAAAACUUCCCUGAAAGCUCUCUGUUUAUUCCAGCAGUUCGAACUUUGAAGUGCAGUAUCUUUUCCGGUUUGUUUCCUACAGGUUCACUAAAUCGAGAACUUUUAAACAAAACGCACUUUUUCUCACUUAAUUUACUCAUUAGUAGUUCAGACACAUUUUUGCGUUUUUUCCUAGAGGUUUUUCAAUUUUUUAAUACUUAUAUUCGUUUUUAUAAUAAAAGAAUUGGUGAAUCAUUUAGGCACAAAAUGCUCCAAUAAGCGAUUUUCCCAACAAAUUUUUGGCUUCACAUUAAACAUCAUUAAAAAUUUAAUUUUCUCAAUUUUUGUCUGAUUGAAUGAAGAAACUUGUUCGGUUAACAAAAACCAUUUAGUUUCUUAAUUUGUUUUAUGAUUUUGCAAUUUUUGAGCGUUUGAGCAGUUUUUUCGUUUCUCCUGUAGUUCUUUCAAUUUUUUAAUGCUCACAUUUUUUGGUUUUGUUUUCCUGCAGAUUAUUGGAUACAACAAUUGCUGAAGCCUUUAGGAGAAAAAUUGCCCAACGAAGCCAUUUAACAAUGUCUUUUUGUGCAUUUUUUCAUUUCUUAGUCGCAUUUUACAAAUUUUUGGCAUCAGUUUCAGACCCAUAUUUUCUUUUCCUGUUUUUAACAUUGUGUUUUGUCUGUUUUUGUCUUCAUUCCAAAGUGUCGCUUUCUUUGACCAGUGAAAAGGCAAUUUUCGAAAAAACCACUUGAAAAUUGGCAUUGAUUGCUAUGAAAUGUUUUGUAUCUUGCCUUUUUACUCCAAGUCAAUUUUGAAUUUUUUGAGAACGUUUAUGCUACGUCUGUUCUUCACUUUUUCAAUACUCACAUUAUUUUGCUUUGGGCUUAGCAAUUAAUAGCAAAAUAUCCAACAAAACCAAGCGGUUUUAAGGUGUUUUAGUAUGUUUUUUUCAUUUAUUUACUGCAUUGUGAAAUUUUGGUUUUAGGUAAAAGCAUCACCCAAAAAAAACCCCAAAGUUUUUUCUUCAAAAAUAUUAUAUCCGAUAUUUAUUUGUACCAAAAUUUUGGUUGACCAAAAUUGUAUUUUUUUUCAAAGGGAUCAUCUUGAACAUUAAUUUUUCUCAAUUUUCAGGUUUUACGAAUUUGUUGCACUUUGUAGCCUCGUUUUCGGUUAUUAGCAAAUUUAUGAUUUACAUGACAUAUUUACAUAAUUAUGAUUAUAAUUAUUAGCGAAUUAAGAAACAAGCACCCAAAUUUCAAUUUUUGUCUGCAAACGGAUUUUCUUGAAAUUAUUUUUUCUCAAUCUUGACUUUUCCCGAUUUUGCUGCACUCUAAAACCUUGCUUUCUGUUAUUGAAUUUAAUUAAAAAACUGACGAGAAUUGACUUCUCUAACUCAAAAAAACUAAAACAUUUUUGAUUUUCUUUGAAUUUUCGUCGAAUCCAAUUUUAAAGCUUUUGGAAUGAUAAUUUCCUCUCGCUUCUUCUGCAGUUUUUUUCAAAUGUUUAAUACUCAUAUUAUUAAAUCCGCUCAUUGUGCUUUUUUCACCGCUUCAUUUACAUGCUUUUGAAAUCACACAAUUGAUCGCGAAAGGGAAGGAGAAACCUAGUAAUAUUUAAUAAAAAGGUUGAAACAAUCGUUAAUGUAAAAUAAAACAAAUUGAAGUUGGAAACCAUAAAGUCUCUUUAAGUUUGAAAACUAGUUUUUUAUGCAAUUUUCACUUCACAGGUAAAAAAACAGUUGGAAAAUCAACAGAAGAAUUAUGUGUUAUCACCGAUUUAUGAAACGAAUUGAAGUCAUUGAAGAGCCAAAGAAAAUCAUCGCUAAAUUGAAAUAAAAUAAGAGUAAAUUGAAAUUAAAAGCCUUGAAAUAUUUAUUAUAUAUUGAAAAUAUCUUGCACUUUUUCAAAACAGUAAAAUAAAGUCAAAAGCAGAAGUUGACUAAAACAGAAGAUCUCGAUCUAGGUAUUUCUUCCAAAAAAAUGCAAAUAGUUUAGAGUUUUGUGGAUCUAAAAUUUUGCUAAAAAUCGUUUGGGACUUCGAACUUCACUAGAUCGAAUUAAACUCCCAAAAAUACCGGUUUUAAUGCAAAAUCAAAGAAAACAAGGCAAUUUUGCAAAACUCAAUCGUUUAGUAAACGUUAAAACUAAUGAAUAUGCUUGAUCUUUUUCCUAAUCUUUUUUUUUAAAUCUCUCGAUUAAAACGUGAAUUGUCUACUUUUUCAUGUUUUUGUCCCAGAAAAUAAAGUGUGCUUUAGAAAUAGAACUAAAUUAAAGAUAGAAGCCAGAUAAAUUCAAAAAAAGUUCCGAAAACAGGCAGGAAACAGACGAAAACAAAAUAAAAUUUGAGAAGUUUGUCAAAAUAAACUUGUAUUGCAACCAAAAACAAUAAACCCUAAAAGUAACUUGAGUGCAUUUUUACACAUUUUGUAUAAUAAAACAUUUGCCAGUUCAAAUUUUUUGAAGUGUUCAGAUACGAAGGAAAGUUAUAAAGUGUUUAGUGCAUAAAAGACAGAACAAAUGAACAACAAUAAAUAAAAGCUUUUAAAAUUUGUUGUAAACGAAACAAUAGCAGAUUUUCCCGCAGAAUCAGAUGAAUUGCACUUGAGACUGCCGUGGGACAGAAUGUAUUCCACUUGCUAAAACCACCUCUGAAGACGCAAGUCACUCGUGUCUUCGAAACGUCAGGAAUACAUUCCAAAUCCACCAGUUUCAUGCAAUGGGCACAAAAGUCGCUUAAGAAAAACUAAACGAAAAUAAUAAAUAAUAAUUUCUAGCAAAAGCAAAAAUACCGCAGGGUUUCAAUAGAAAAUUCCGCAGAAUUGCACUUGAUUGUGGAUCAAUAUAAUCCUGUAGACUUCAGCAAAUAACUUAAUAACUUAGUAAUUCCUCCGUUAAUCCAAUUAGACGCAAUCGUCGCUCCAUUUCAAAGCCUUGUCGGUUUUUUCCGCGACGUUUUGCAAUUAUAUUCAAAGUGGAAUAAUAGAAUAAACGUUUAAACAAACUGAGCCGAUUUGAAUAAGCAAACAGAAGCCUGAGGCUUGCGUGAAGGAAUCGUGGGAAAAACGAUUAGUUUCGUGUUAUUGUAAACGUUCGUAUUGGAAUUAUUGUUGUUGAACAAAUCCCGAACUUCUGCACGGUUCUUGUCUUUUCUAUCUCAGUAGUUUAAGGGCUCUAGUUCUAAGGCAAAGUGUAUGUUGGGCAUUGUUAAGGGCGAACUGUGUACAGGGUGUAUAAGCAAUAAAUUAAAAAUCGAUUUUUUAUUAUUUCCAUAGGUUUACGCUGGUUACUAUUAGGAUAAGCCUCUAUACCUACUCCUGAUUCCAGCUAGGUUUACUUAUUUAUUUAGGGUUGUGAUAUUAUGCUUUAUGCGUGUGAGUAAACUACUGUUUUCCCUUUCCAGAAGUAUUAGACACAAUUUUUUGCUAGUUUUUGUUUCCAUUUUCCUCUUGUAAAUAUUUAAGGGCGAACUGAGUAUUUGUAUAGGAGUAUAUUAUAUGAAGUCGAUUCCCUAUGGGGAGGAAGAGAUUAUUAUAAGUUUCAUAAAUAUAUGAUUUUGUUACCUAGAAGAUUUUAAUGUAUGUAUGUACCUAGAUAAAGAGAGGGCUGAGCUGUUCUUAUAAGUCGGCUGUAUUGUUGUUUUCAAAAUAAAUCCCAUUAAAAGUG